AUGAUGGGUUCUCCAACUCCACCGGCUACCAAGCGAACCAAACGCAGCGAAGACGACGACGACAGCAAUACGGAGCUAGUUUCUAUAAAUGGUUGCUUUUUUGACGAUGAUUUCCGCGAUCGAUUUAAAACGGCAUGGCAGAGCAGAGAAAGCAUCGCCGGAACGAAUUACCAGCUCAAGCAGGAACCAUUUCAACUGGCCGUAUUUCAACAGUUUCUGCAGGAGGAUGUAAAGCGUGCCGAUGCUACGAAACGGCUCGAGGCGGAAUUUAGCACAGUCGAUUGGAAACGGAAACAGAUGGACCUGUACGAGUUUUACCAGACGAACGAUCUGUGCAGCCUGAAGCGUGACUAUCUGCAAGCUUUCUACACGGUACUGAAGGAACAGAUGAUGCCACUGGUAGAGGAGCUGACCGGUAUUAAGCUUACUCAUGUGUCCGCUUCCUGCUCGAUGUACAAUGCAGGCGACUAUCUGCUAGUGCACGAUGAUUUACUCUCCGACCGUCGGAUAGCGUACGUGUUCUACCUUAGCCCGUGGGAUUGCCAUCGAGAGUGGCGGGAGAAGGAUGGUGGUGCACUGGAGCUGUUCAAAGCGGACGGUAAUCAGCUGCCCGUUUUUCCGGUUACGGACAAAAUAUACCCACACAACAAUCAGUUGGUACUAUUUCGGGUGUGUGAAAAAUCGUUCCAUCAGGUGGGGGAAGUGACCACCUUCGAGUAUCCUCGGUUAACCAUUAACGGAUGGUUUCAUGGGCCAGCGGCUACAACGUCGUUAGCACAAUCCGUUGGAAAAGCUAAGUCGAAUAAUGUUUCACAGGCUCCUUCGAUCAUUAUCGAUACACACUACAUCAGUCCGCGAAAGAUCGAUAUCGAGCUAGCCGAAUGGAUUAAUGACGUUUACCUCGUGGACGAGGUAAAACAAAAUGUUCAGAAAAAAGUGGAAAUGUUUUCGGAAGUUUCAUUGGAACAGUUUCUACUGAUACCCCGCUUUGCAACGCUGCUGGAAACGCUCUGCAACGAACCAAACUUGGAGUGGAAAAUUAAAGGACCAGCCCAUUUGCGGAAGUACGAAGUGCUAAACUUUAAAACCCUUCCGAGCGAAGCUAGUCCGCUGGGCGAUAUGUAUGAUUUGUUUACUAGCAAAACCAUGUUCCGGCUGCUGUACGAUUAUACCGAGCUUGACUUGUACGGGAAAAAAGCGAAAACGCCUAAAUGUGCCAUCGAGCUGCAACGGUGGGAACGUGGUUGCUAUACGGUGCUGGGUGAUUCGUCCACGUACGCUGACAGUACGCUCGACCUUACGUUUUAUCUAAAUGCACAGGAAAAUGUCGGAGUCAUUACCUACCUGGUACCGGAAGCUGAUCAGCAGCAGCAGCAGCCAGGAUCAUCCCAUCAGAACGAUCAACCAUCAUCAUCGUCUUCGUACGCCGAAUGCUACGACGAGGAUCCGGUACUGCUAACGCUACUGCCGAAGGAUAAUGUACUGAACGUGGUGUACCGUGCCGAAGGAACGACCAAGUUUACCAAAUAUGUCUCGCACAACACGUAUCUCGAACGGGCUAACGAUAGCGGUCACGCAUACACGUACAUACUGGUGUGCAGUUACAAAGAGUAG